AUGAAUCUUCAACAGCAUGAAGAGCGACGAAGAUAUACGACAGAGACCAUUCCACCAUCGCCGUUACUUGCGAAUGUUACUGCAGGAAGCACAGAAAUGGUCAUGGUAUUGAAUUAUUACUCUGACGCUGUAAGCCGUGUAGCUCGUUUCUUGGAUAGUUCUGUGGUCAAGCAACGUGCUGUGUUGCUGCUGGAGACCGACUGGCAACAGUGGCUGAGCAGUAUUGAUGCUGACUUGCAUCAGGCUGCUCGUCCAUUGUUGCUCAAAGUAUUCUCGUCAUUGUUGGAGACAAUCACGGCCGAGUCGUUGAGCACCGUCGAUGUAGUGGAGUUGGGUGCAAAUGCUGGCGUGGCUCAUAGGGAGCAAGAAGCAGGGCAUGCAAUUAUCAAGCGCAAGCUCGAGUAUGUGGCUUCAGCGUCGUCAAUCUCUCUCGGAUAUAAAGCUAUCUCAAAUUCACAAGAGCUGAGAGACAUGGCCUCUGAAUCGCUAACCAUCUUGGAAACGCAUCAAGUGGCCAAGCGCCGAAAUGAUGGAUAUGCUACUUUGGUCGAACACCCGGUGCAAUGGUGUCCAAAACUAGGCUCUACCAAGUUUCUUGUUGGAGGUGCCGAGCUCAGACUGUAUGAAUGGCAGCCGAUGGACGAGGCAGAUUCCAAGGUCACCUUCCGAACCUUGGCUGUUAAUGGGGAUUCCACAUUGAUGAAGUGUUUCGCUUGGAGUCCGAACCCCAAUAUCGAAAACCUCGUGGCUAUAGGAUAUACGACUGGGAAAACAUCGCUGGUUCAGUUUUCGUCUGAAAAUCGCUCAGGAGGCUUGCCACGUUCUUCAUCAGCCCCUUCCCUACCACCUUCUAUGGCGAGACUUGGAUCUUCAUCCUCCUUAGUGGGAGGUGCUCCUAGUAAUACUGCCAACAUGCUGAAUUCACACAUCAUAGCAGACUACGUUACCCGAAACGCUCGUGCUUGUAAUGCUGUGGCAUUCUGUCCUACCGAUCAUCGCUUACUGGCAUCAGGAUUGGACAAAGUACGGAGCGAUCACUGUUUAUUUGUAUGGGAUACCUCUCUAGCUACGGCUGCUUCUCCAUCAUCUGGAAAUGUAGGAGGUGCGCAGUGGAAGAGCAGACCUGAUUUGGCUCCGGAAUCUCUACAGAGAGUGUCGUCGAAUACGAGUGUGAAUAGUUUGACUGAACUCGCGUCAUCCAAUCGCAUGUCGGGCUCUCUGGAAAUUGGAGACUCUGUGUCGUCCCUUGACUGGCUGAGCAAUGGAUCGCCGCGUAUCGUCGCUGGAAUGGGUGCAAAGAUAAGAAUUUUCGAUUUAAAAGCACCAAAUCAAACGCAGCCGAUAUCGAUAAAUACCAAAGCCGUGCAUUUUAUUACCGCUGAUCCCUUCCAUGCUUAUCGUUUCGCCUCGUGCGAGUUGGACGGCACCAUUCGAUUAUGGGAUUGUCGAAAACCUACUGAAGCAGCCUUGACAUUCCCCUCUGAUGAUCGAAGCGGGAUGAUGUCUUUAUCAUGGUCUCCCAUCCGACAGGGCUUACUUGCAUCUCUAGGAAGGGAUGCAUCAGUUGUAAAGAUUUGGAACAUACAAGAAGGAGCACCGAAAGAAGUGAAUACGUGGGGUACUUUUGCGGAUGACAAUAAUAGUAUACGCAGUUUAUCGUUGGGUAUAUCAGGUACUACUCAGCCUUUUAUAGCUAGACCGGAUCAAGAACGCUCGUCUCCAUCUGUUGCUGGAACAAACUCGCCAGAUCCUUCUGAGCCUCCAGAAGAUUUGCACUAUGAACCGUUUCCAGAUGAGGUGUUGCCUUCUGCUCCUGUUCUCUGGCGUGUCAGAACAGUGAAACCUGCAAUGGGAGCUCCAGUUGGAUUCAGCUGGAUGCCAUUCGCAUCUGAAACAGACUUCUCGCAUCGAAUCAUUGUAGCUCAUAACAAAGACCCCAUCUUCGAAAUUGUACAUUUACAAGAAAGUCUCAAAAUCGCAUGGAGACCACAAGGACAGCUUGCAACUACGGCUGGAAAGAUUGUCAGUCUGAUCAAUCCCAGUGAACGAAUGGUUAUGUUUGGUGUUGCUCGAUCUGACGAUGUGUCUAGGAAGAAUUCAAGGCCAAGUGUCGCAAACAAGAUGGCCUACAUUGAUACGGAUAUAUCUGUACUCAUGAGAACUCGAGCUGGAGCUGGUUAUGGAAUGGAUGCCAAGAAGAAUUUGGAACUAGCUGAGCAUCCCGCAUUGAAGGAACUUUGGGCGUUGGUUGUGGAUGCACAAACCCGUGCUUCAUCCAAUGGAACAACAUUGGAGAAAACAGAUUAUUCAUUUAAAGGAAUCGCAAAUGUGGUUGAAGACAUGGCUACCUCCUCAACUGUCGUAACGUUUGGUGGACUCGCCAACCAUCAAGGCCAUAGUAGAAACACUUCUCUGUCUUCCAGCCCGACCAAAGCAGAAUUCAGCGCUUCCGCACUUACUCCAACUUCAUAUUUACCAUUCAAGAUAUACUCGAAUCCAUAUCGUAAACUGGCACUCAUCAUGUGCGGAUUUGGAUUUGAUGGAGAUUACACUGAAGAUCCUCAAUCUGGAAACUUUGAGAGAAGACUACGUGAAAUGGAAAAUGAUCGUGAUUUUGAGAAAGCUGCUGGUUGGGCAUUCUUCCAUGCUUCGAACUUGUCUCGAGCUGUCCAAGCGUUGAAUUCCAGUCAAGACGAAAGACUAAAACUAGUAGCAGCUGCUUUAGCUGGAUAUUCGAAUUUUCAAUUUGGCGGUAGUGCCAAUCUAUGGAAGGAGCUCACUGAGUCUCUAUCACGAGAACUGGAAGGACCUUACAUUCGAGCCAUGUUUGGUCUCAUGUCAUCAAAUGGAAAUUGGAGCACUGUGUUAGAUGGUCCUGAUGAAGACGGAUCUGGCAAUCGUGGAUUACCCAUACGAGACCGAAUUGCAAUUGCUUUGCGGUAUCUGACUGAUGAGCAGCUCACGGCCUACAUUCGAAAGACUACACAGAAGAUGCGCCAAACUGGAAAUAUAGAAGGACUGCUACUGACAGGAUUGACCUCCUCUGGAGUCGACCUCUUCGAAGAAUUUGUUGAUCGUACAGGUGAUGUACAAUCAGCAUGCAUGGUCAUGAGUCUUGUAGUGCCAAGACGGUUUACGGAUUACAGAGUGGAGUCUUGGGUUGAUAACUAUCGAUUGCUGUUAGAUCGAUGGCAGCUCUUCCGUGUGCGAGCGCAAUUUGAUAUUGCACGACGUCGAUACAUGCCCAAUGAACCUAUUGGAGAAGCUGUCGUGCCUGCUCAAGUAUAUGUUCGAUGCAACUUUUGCAAUCAGUCGAUUGCUAAUGGACCAGCCAGUACUCCACGAAAACUUCAGACUCAACCACCGACGCCUAGUACACCACAUCCGCAACCUAUGCAAAAUCAACCGAGAUCAAAGGUGACCGUAUGUCCGAACCCAAAGUGUGGACAACCGCUUCCGCGUUGCUCGCUAUGUUUGCUUGCUCUUGGAACAGCUACGGAGAACUUGCAAUCGUUUGCCAAGAAAUCAGAUGGAUCAGCGCUCGCUGGAUUCGAUUUGUGGUUUAGCCUGGACACAUUCGGUGAUCUCAUAAAGCAGCAUGAUGAGACUGAUCCUAAAGGAACCAAGCAUUUUAUAAUAGCGCGUGUGCAAACAUGGGAUGCAAAGCAGCCUGGAAAGGCAUUCUAUUCAUACUACAAUGCCUUCCAUUUAAACAAGAUUUUGUUUCAGACACAAGUCUACUUGGGUCGCAAACUCAUUCACCGAUUACACGUACUAAAUCCAUUGACAAACUCGGAUAUUAUCGGAAAUGUGCAAUAUUUUAAAGUAAGGAUUUCACGCCCGCCUCAGCCAUCAAGAACAGCCCCAUCAACACCUAUAAAAGAUUUGAAUGGAGACGAUGGUAAUGGUCGUGAUGAGCGCAAGAUACUAGCUACAGCCUAUGUGGACGAUACCCAAUCAACAAAUCCAACAACACCAGCAUCCAACAAUGGGAAACCAGGAUUGAGGAUUCAGACUAAACCAAAUGCAGGUCGUUUUACCGCUUUUAUGGAUAGAGCCUCACUUAGUGCUGGGCCACGAUUGAUGCAAGAUGAUGAUGUUCCAUUACCAAGUCCGGGAGUACGAGAAGUUGAAAACGGACAUUUGCAAUCAUGGACAUUACGUGGGCCUGAAGUGUCUGAAGUUGGAGAUGAUGAGGGAUUGACUAUACAAGGUAGUGGAUCUAAAUCGAAAUUGAUCAAGGCCAAGAAACUACCUGGUCGCGCACUAUCCUUAAAACCAGUCGCAAGAAGAGCCAGUUAUCAGAUAUCAGGUGGCACGCAAAAAGACGGAUCAGUAUCAGCAGCGUCAUCUACGGAUCGAAAGAGUCCCGGACAACUCGAACAAGGACCAACAUCAUCGUCCGUCUCACCAAUCAAACUACAGCCAAAGAGAUUGUUGAUACUCCCAUCAGUCAAGGAACAACCACUACAAGUCGACACGUUUGAAAUAAAACUACCAUUCAACAGUAUGCAUAGCCCCGUAUCAGCUCCCCUCGAAUCAAUCCCAAACCAAUUCUCACCACCAACAUCACCACCAAUGAAAUCCGCUACUGCUGGAAGCGUAAACCGUAGCAUGAGCAUCCAAGUACGCCAACCAAUGGGACCCGUAAAUCUACGUAAAUCCAUGUUUAAUCGAGCUGCAGUACAACCUGGAGCGGUAACACGAUUUGGCGAACCAAUACCAUUGCAAGAUCUAACUAAACUGGUACCGAAAUCAUCUCGUAAUCGACGUCGUGCGCUGAGUUAUCUUAAUGCUGUGACAGCUGCUGGCCAGCCAGCAACGUAUGAGGAAUGGCUGGAGAUGGUGCGACAGGACAAAGCUUCUUCGCCCGUCCGCCUAGAAUUGGAUGUUGAUGAUACAGAUGAUUAUGAUCUUGUCAGACCGUUUGGUGGUAGUGCUGGAGCCGAUGCACCUAAAUCUCCCAUCGUCCGAGUCGAUCCACCGAAAUCACCACUUAUUGAAAACAAUAAUGGCAAAUUAACAAACCCUCCAUCGCCGCAAAAGAAUGAUAUCCCGCUAGUCCGACUGGAGAGUAGCGCUUCACCCGGAUCGCUACUUCCAUACAAUAUGUACGAUGCCAUCUUGUUUGCUACAGACAAUGACUUUUUGGAAGGGUCCAAGACUCGGGUCAUAUUCAGAGAGAAUGCUUGUACGGUAGAAGAUGCUGCCUUGUUUGAAAUGCCACCGUUUACUGGAGAAGAAUCACCAGUCCUCAUGGUCGUUGAGGAACACCCAUUGUGCAGUUGGUGCUUCCCAACCAUAGAAUCCGUUCGAGGAUAUUCUCCAUGCAUCAGGUUCCUGCAUCAGUUCAAAUGCUACCUGUUUGCCCUCCUUCUAAUGUUUGGAAUGUUCUUGUUCAUUUUCCUGACACUAAAGAAUGCCAGUAGUGCAAAACUUCAGUAA